GUGGCCGCAAGGGCGAAGCCGCGCGCGCGGCCCACCGCGCGGUCGGCGAGCGCCGAUCGGCUCCCCGAAGACGGCAAGAAGGAUCGACGGGCUUCUCGCGGCGGCGACGUGGUGCAUGAGGGCGGCACGCAGGUCGCCGAUGCCAUCGACACGUCGCUUGGCAAGCCGAGCUCGAAGACACCAAAGACCAAGCACGAGGAGGAAGACAAAAAGAAGAAAAAGGACAAGGACAAGAAGAAGAAGGAGAAGAAGAAGGGCAAGGGCGAUGAAGACGGGGACGACGAGGGCAAAAAGAAGAAGGACAAGAAGAAGAAGGACAAGAAGAAGGACAAGGGCGAAACUGGCGACUUGGACGAUUCGGGCAUUGUUGCCGAGGAGCUGGGUGAUGGCGCAUCCGAGGCUGGCGAGCCGCCAUUCGAGCUGCUCCCCUCCGUGGGCACGUGGCUCACACCCCUCUUCCCCGAGCCGGAAGAGCUGGAGGAGGUUGCCAGACCAGGGACCGGCGAGUCUUCCGACUACCAGCAGAGCGUGGGAGAGUCCGACUUCUCCGCCACCUUUGGCACGGAAGCC